ACACACAGCGCCGACAUGAGACAAGUCAGACCUCAUACCUAACAACCUAAACUCUGAUUCUACCUCAGAGCCGGGAACAAAUUUCUUCAAGUCACAAAGGAUCAAGAGGAUUACUUUUUUUAUUUUUUUAUCCUGAUGAAAAGUGACUGAAAAUAUUUUGGAUCAGCUCCUCAGAGUAAGGUAAGUCCAUUGUGUUGUGUUUUUUUUUUUUUUUUUUGUGUCGCUAUGCAGUUGAAAACCAAGGCAACUAGCUACCACCACUUCUUUAUAGUGAUAGUAUUACAGUACUGAACAGUGGUUAUAACUUUAGAGCAUUAUCUGACUCAUAACACACGUCUGAUUUGAGAUGUCUUGGCAAAAAAAAUCAAAGACAUUGUAUCCUGAAGCCUGAAUCCCACUAAUUAAAUCAUAUUAACAAUCCUGAACUACCUUUAAGAGGCAAACGUUAAACAUGUAUAUCUUUGACGUUUUUUUUGUUAGACAAAAGACUUGUUUUAUUUAACCAAGGAUGGCAAGAAUAUAAAGAAUAUCAAGGAGCAUCAGUGUAAGAAGUGAAAAAGGAUGGAUCGAGUGGAAACCUGUGGCUCUAAAUUUCUCCUUUUUGUGAUCUAAUCCUGCCAAAACACUUGAUAAACUUAAUCUAGUAAAUCAGCAUUUUUACCUUUAAAACUUGUGUGUGACUAAAGUUCAUAUGAAAAAAUGUCUAUUUAAAAGUAUAUUGCCCUCUAUUGUAUUUCCAAAAUCUUGAUCAACAAAUGUAAUUCGAUAUUAUCAGCAGGUGUUAGAGUGAAAGAGUGAGAAAUAGAGUGAAAUCUGUUAAUAGUUGUCUAUGUUCAACUGGCAUCUUCUCUGAGUUUCUGGUAAGUGUCUCAGCCAGAUUAACACUCUGCACACCUAUUUCCCUUGACAGUUUGAGAGUGGUGCCUCUAUAUUAUUAAACUUGCUUUCAUGCAUUUGUUUACAACAUUUCUGUACCAAGCCUAUACCAGACACGUUGUUCAUGACAAUGGGAAGCUGUCAUUAAUAGGGAGUGGUCCCAAGUCUGCACCCAAUCACACUCCCCACCUGAAACAGGGUGGCUUGACCAACAACUUUAAGCUCUACUGCUACUUUUUUAGUCCUUUAAGCUUAAACUAUCAGACCUUGCUCUCCCGGUUCCAUGAUUAAGGUGUUUUUUCAUCCUUGCUUCAAAAAGUGGUUGUGAAAUCCCACUCAUAAUAAAUAUCAUGUUUUUUUUAUCCUACUUCCCAUAACAUAUUUUGUCAAAGAAUAAAUGAAUCAAAAGAAAAUCUAAUUUGAAAAGAGCAGGACCCCAACAUCAGGUUUGUACACUGAAAAAGUGAAAGGUUAGGUGAGAUACUCCUUGAUCAACACACGGAGUUUGUUUUCUGACCUUUUAACCACUUGCUGAAUUCUUGCUCUCCACAGGUUGUCUGAGUUUCAAGAGUCCUCUUUUCCACAAUGAGUUGGGGGGCACUCUAUGCCCAACUGGGCGGCGUCAACAAACACUCCACCAGUUUGGGAAAGAUCUGGCUCUCAGUCCUUUUCAUCUUCCGCAUCACUAUCCUGGUUCUUGCCGCUGAGAGCGUCUGGGGGGAUGAACAGUCAGACUUCACAUGUAACACACAGCAGCCUGGCUGCAAAAACGUCUGCUAUGACCACUUUUUUCCAGUUUCACAUAUCCGCUUGUGGUGCCUGCAGCUGAUCUUUGUAUCCACACCAGCUCUGCUGGUGGCCAUGCACGUAGCCUACAGGAAGCGUGGGGAUAAGAGGACCAUGCUGGCAUCCAACGGCACAGAGAAGGCGACAGAUACAGACCUGGAAACACUAAAGCGGAGGCGUCUUCCAAUCACAGGCCCGCUGUGGUGGACCUACACCUGCAGCUUGUUCUUCAGGCUCAUCUUUGAAGGAGGGUUCAUGUAUGCACUGUACUUUGUCUACGAUGGUUUCCAGAUGCCCCGGCUGGUGAAAUGUGAGCAGUGGCCUUGCCCCAACAAGGUGGACUGCUUCAUCUCCAGACCAACAGAGAAGACCGUCUUUACCAUCUUCAUGGUCUCCUCGUCGGCCAUCUGCAUGGUGCUGAACGUGGCUGAGCUGGGCUACCUAAUCGUCAAGGCGCUUCUAAGGUGUUCCUCCAGAGCAAAGAGAAGGAAACAUAAUUACACCAACACGGACAGCAUGUCAAGGGAUAACGCACUCAACAAGAAGAAUGAGAUCCUGUUGUCUUCCUCUUCAGACUCUUCCACCAACAAGACCAUGUGUUGAAACACCACAAUCUGUGGUGGAGAGUGAGCAGAGAAGAAAAGCACUAACAGUAGACACUACCACCUUAAACUGCAAACAAGUUUGUGUCCUUAGUUUAGGUUCUUUAUGAAGAAAAAAAUUGUUUUCAUGGAGAGGUGGUCGCUUAUAAAGCAAAUUAUGAGACUGUGAGAACUUAAAAUUACAAGGAGAAUACAUUUAUCUCAACGGCAGCAAAUGUAGUUGAAGUGGCCUAACUUUUACAAUCAUCAGCAAAACAAUCAUUGAACAAAAUGGGGAAAAAAAAGCUCUUUCCUCUCACUUAUAGUACAGAUUUGCCACUGAAGGUAGUCAAAACCUUUGUCUUGGUGCAAAAAAUCCACAUACAAAUAGAAAGUUGGGUUAUAAUUUCAUCUAUUGUAGUAUUCCCACCAGUGAGUGUUACUCUGAGAGCCUGUUUGUGUUCUCAUAACAUUAAAAACCAACUGUUGUCGCCGAUACUGUUCAAUUCUUUCGAUUUUUCCGGAGGCGUUAGCAACGGUCGCAUAGGAAGCGGUUGUACAGACUUUCAACCAAUCAGAUUAAAGCAGUUUAUGAAAGAGCGCAUACCAAAAUAAUUGUAAAAGAGCAGUGGCAGGUAGAGGAAAAUAACAUACCUGUGAUACCAGUCAAUGCUGUAUAUCUAGUUUUUCUUUAUUGUUUUAAUUAAAAAACAUAAUCCGGUUUGUUUAAAACGGCCACCUUAGGAUUCAACGGACCUUUCGGCGGCGGAAGCUGCCAUCUUGGUUGUUUACUAAUACGCUGAAGCGGUGCUCCUGUGUUGUCAUCUUCGAUUAAGGACUGUGAUUGGUUCCGUGCACCUGGUACUGAUGGGAAAACGUCGAAACUAAUAGAUGUUUCCUCAUGCCUGUGAAAUUCUGAGCUGGAUGAUGGGUUUCAGUCUGAAAAGAAAAAAACUGCCGGCUGGUUGAACUUUUGUUUGUGUAAGAUAGUAUCUUCCUCACAAUUGUCACCUUACUUUUCAUGCAGUUGCUGUUCAAUAGUGUUUUUAAGUUUAAUUUAUUGAUCAUUACAGUUUGAUAUUGCUUGAAUGUGGUGUGCAUUGCUGGAGUGACUGGUCAGGUUUUUGAACCUGAUGUGAAUGAGUCUAUACUGACAUCUAGUGGUUUUACAAUGUACUGUCUAUGAUUAAACGCUACUUAAAGUCUGAAGGAUUUCUUUGCCGUUAUGGAAGAGGGUAGGACAUAAAUGAAGUCAUGGAAAGUGAAGCAAUAAAAGGUUCAAGUGCCUUUGUGAUUAAGUUUUAGUGACUAGUUUACAUCUGUUGACAUCCACUUUAAAAUGUAGUUGAAUUUUUGUCAGUCAUUGAUUAACACUGAUGAGUUUUAUGACCUGUAUACAUCAAAUGACUGUAACAUGAAGUUAAGUUUGAAAAUGUAUUUUUGAAUGAUCAUGUAGUUUGAGAGAUUGUUGUGUAUGUGUGUUUAUAAUAACAAAGAUGUGUGUUGCACAUGAUGAGUUAAUGUUGAUGAAUUUGUACAACAUGAAAUCAUACCACAGUAGUGUCACAGGUUUCAUGCUUUUUGCUGUUCAAUCAAGUCACAAUGUUUUUUUUUUCUCUUUUACUUGAAUUGAGAGUAUUUAAAUUGAAGUGUUUCUUUCAGUUGAAUGCAUUAACAAAGUGAUCAUUUGUUGCAUAUUUCAUACAAACAUGUCUGCCUACAGAAAAUGGGAUCAUGCAAGAUUGGUUAACUCAACCGAAAUGGGCAAUAUGUUAUGAUUGUGAGUUGUACGUUUUAGUUGAUUUAAAUAUCAACAUUUUCAAACAGAGGUAAAAUCAAUGUCAUUGUGAACAUGCAGACACUGUUGUUUUUAUUGUUUGUUCCAUUUACAACUUUUUAAAGUUUUUACAAAGAGUUGAUAGUUUCAAGCACACAGUGCGGGAAUAUGCUGUUGUUGCAGUAUGUGCUGACCCCUGCUGGUUGUAUCAGCUUUCACUAUGUGCCUUAUUUUUGCUAACACAAUAAUCACUGCCUGAUUGUGUAUGUGUGAAAAUGUCUUUGUCCUGCACAGUAUUAGGAAAAGACCAGUCAGAUUAGUCAUAACCAUCAAUCAAUUAGUGUCAAUUAGAGUUAAUAAUACUGUACAGAGAAAAUCUAGGUAAGUUUAAACUUAAAUUUACGUUACUGAUAUAGAUGAAGUUUUUUUAAGUGUAAUGUCGACAUUCUGCAGUUGGCAAAAACAGAUUUGACAAACAGAUCAAAUCAUGCAUUAUCACAGGCAAAGACUGUAGAGAGUCUAGGACAAAAAAAAUCAUAGAAUUUUACUUUUUGUGUCUGCUUUGUGCUGACCUUUAACCUUUGUCUCUAACAGCUGACUCAAAUUAUUUAAUUUUUGUAAAAGAAAUGAUGCAAAAUGUUAGUUUUUAUGGGAUCUGCCCACAAUAUCUUUUUUAUUUUCUAUCCAUAUUUCUUCCACAAGCUUGGUGUUUGCUUUGCACGGCAAAUAACUGAGUAAUCAAUGAAAGAAGUAAGAAAUGAAGAAAUCAAGUGUUUUUGAUUGUUUUGUACUAAAGAUAUUUUGUUACACUCGCACUUUGAUCCUUGAAGUAAUUUUGCUCUUUGAAAUUGUUUUUCAUAAAUCAGUAAAAAAUAAAAAUUGUGUGUUGUUUAUUGUA